AUGGCGUCGCGUUGGUUCACGCUCGCUCUUCUUCUCACGCCAGCACUGGCGCUCGAUAACAACUUCGCAUUCUACCCCAAGGGCGCGCAAACAUGCCUCAACAAAGCCGCCGACGACGCUUCCUGUACCGGCCAGGAUAGCAAGGAGCUCAACUACUGCCUGUGCGGUCUGGGUAGCUACAAGAACGAUUUCAUCCUCGGUUCCGCGCGAUGCAUCGGCGAGGAGGCACCCAAGGAUGUCGAUGAGACAUAUGAUACCAUGAACAAGGCUUGCGAUCAGUCCAGCACGCCCAUGAAGGUUAGCAAAAAGGAGUUUCAAGAUGCUGCGCACGAGGGAUACGUGACCACCACCGAUGCGACUGCAUCCGCAACCGCGACUGCGACAGGCACCGAUGCGCCUACCGCUUCCACCACCGAAACCACCGCUGCUUCUACAACCACCGCCGCCAGCAACGAAGACACAGGCCUAUCGACCGCCGCAACAGCCGGCAUUGGCAUAGGUGCAGCCGUCGGCGGUGCAGCGGUGCUAGGCCUAUUCGUCUGGCUCUGGAUGCAGCGCCGCAAGAAGAACGCCGAGGAAUCGCACCCUAUGCUACCCCACUACGAGAACGGUUCACACUCGCCCCAUAACGAAGCCAAGGCCGGCGGUUGGUCUGCGGCAGGAACACCACAGCACGGCUGGGGAACACCCGACCCCCAGGCCGGAUUCUACACUCCCCAGAAGCCCCACGGCCCGGUCGAGCUGCCGCCCGACACUGUCGCGGCGCCGAACCCGGUGUACGAGAUGGAGGGCACACCGGCGGCACCUAUCGAGAUGCCCGGAUCUCUACCCGUGAUGGCUCAAGAGCAUACACCUGUGUCGCCUCGAACACUGCCUGGGUCGUCGCAUGGAUAUCCCACAUCACCGCAAACACUCCCUGUAUCACCAAUGGUGCAGCAUGGCGACAUGAACCGGCCAUAA